AUGGAUCGGUUCAAUCAUCGACGGAGGUCGUCUGAUUCAGAGGUUAUUCCUCUGAAUCGAGACAGAGACGUGCCUCAGAUUGAGAUCUCGACAGACUCGAAUAACAUCUCGAAUAUGCCGCCUCGAGAACGGUCUUCGUUGUACGAUAUUGACGAUUCGAAUUCUUUUUCCAAGUCACGGAUCCUGCCCAAGCUCACUGUGCACACUGACCUGCGGUCUGAGGACGAUCUUAUGAACAUUCUACAGCAGCCGUCGCCGCAAAAAGGCCACUCUCGCACCUUUGAGGCCUCCUCUUCCCCUGCAAGUUCGCGUUCCCUCAACGCCAGAGUCCCAGACAAGGACCGCAUACCCUUUUUUUUAGACGAGGAAAUGGACUAUGAUCUUUCUGAGGGCCUGAACCUGGCUUUGGCAGAGACUAGUGACCUGUGGAUGCCUCUCAGUGACUCGUCAGACGCGUUCUCGGUUGACUCGAGCGUGCACAUGCGAACGGGACACUCGCAUGAUCUCGAGUCUGGACUCGCAGAUAUCGAGAUGGCAGAUCUCAGUGGCAAGCUGGACGUGCCAGAAUCUGCCAACACGUCGCGUUUCGACGUGACGUCUGGCCAAUCAGGGAAAAGCCAGAUGCAGCCGGUGACGCCUACUUCCCAGAUAUCGUCUGUUUUGCGAAACUUCUCGCGGCGACUCAACGCCCGGGGCGACGAACACGACGGCGAGAUGGAUCUCACCGACGACGUCGAUCUGAGCGAGCGUCGGGAUCUUCUGGAGGAUGACCAGAUGCACUGGGGGAAGUACUCGGAUUAUGAGGAUGGUCCAGGGCGCUUCCCCCACUCAAAGAACAAUCUUGUGGCCAGUCAGUCGCUGCAGACUACCGUGCUACUCCCCAGCGAGCAAGACGACGAUUCGUUGCAGGAGACUCUUGAAGAAGAGACCCCUCGCCUGUAUGGCAAGUCGCUCGGCAUUUUUGGGCCCAACUCAAACUUUAGAAUACGCUGUCUGCAAAUCGCAUGCAAACCUAUCUGCGACCAAGUCAUUGCGUCGCUUUUGAUAAUGCAGACAAUCCUGCUGACCAUCCAGCAGUGGUAUGUCGAGGCAGGUUACGUUCACAACGGAGGGUGGACCUGGGUGGACUAUAUCUUGCAUUUCCACUACAUGGUGUACACGGCGGAGAUAGUGGUCAAAUCGGUGGCGUUUGGCUUUUUCGACGACUCGCAGAUGUUCAAGGAGCUGAAGCUCGAGCAGAAAGAGAGCUUAUUGCGCAAAUACCUGCGGACUGCCCGCGAGAAGCUCCGUCUUACAGACCCAAAGGCAGAAGACCAGGACUAUGCGCAGUCCCGGCCGCUGAGAACAGUGACUGUCCACGGAACGGGGUCAGAAUCUGUCAAGCGAACUCGAGCGUUUCUGAGGUCCGACUGGCACAAGGUGGACUUUGUUUCCGUGGUGUCGUUUUGGAUUUCGAUGUUUUUGAGCAUUAACAAACUAGAUAUAACGCAUCAGUGCAUGAUUUUCAGGUCGCUCAUGUGUCUCAAAAUCCUGAGACUGCUCAACAUCACGCACGGAACCCGGUUGAUCCUCAAGUCGCUCCGCAAAGCCGGGCACCAAGCUUCAGAUGCCACUAUGGUUCUGUGUGUGUUUUGGCUGCUUUUUGCUAUCAUUGGAGUCCAGUCUUUCAAAUCUUCUCUGAGAAGACACUGUGUCUGGACUAAUCCUACCAACAACACGGACAUAUACGAGAACUCUAUGCAGUUCUGUGGAUCUUACCUGGAUCCAACAACACUCAAGAAAAACCCAUAUAUUCCUGGACAAAACAAUCAGACAUUUCCAUAUGUCAAGGGCUUUGCCUGUCCGGUGUACUCGAAAUGUAUCACGGGCGAGAACCCAUACGGAAAUACCAUAAGUUUCGACAACAUCUUUAUCUCGAUUCAAAUGGUGUUUGUGGUCAUAAGUGCCAACACUUUCUCAGACAUCAUGUACUACACCAUGGACAGCGACGACAUGGCUGCCUCGCUGUACUACAUUUUUGCCAUUCUGAUUUUAGUGGUGUGGCUGUUGAGUCUGAUCGUGGCCGUGAUCAUCAACUGCUACCGAGUUCACAUCGAAGAUAUGAGAAAAGCACGGCAGUCGCGCAAGACGCGGAUUUUAGCAUGGGAGUUUGACUUCAGAGCAAUGGAUGCCGCCUACGAAGAUUUUGUGACAAACCACAGCUACCUGCGGAAAUUCUGUUCCCUGCGCUCCUUAUUUAACAUUCUGGUCAUUGUGGACCUCAUCAAUAAAGCACUGGUCUUUCCGGAUUUCAACGAUCGGAGCUGGGCGAGAUUGAGGGCCAUGGAGCUGGGAGUCACUCUGUGUCUGUUCGCAGAAACUGCCAUCAAAAUGGCGCUUUUCGGCCGAAAGAUCAAAGUCUAUUUCUACUCGCUGAGAAACAUAAUUGACCUCUUGCUAGCAAUCUCCACCAUGGUGGUAGCAAACGUGAAACUGAAUCCUCAAGGAGCAGCUUAUGGGUGGACGUCAGUUCUAUUUAUUUUCAGGUUCUACAGACUGUUGGUCGCCAGGGGUCUACUCCACAACGCGUGGAAAGCCGUCUUCUCCAGUUUCUGGCCCUUCAUCGACCUUGGCAUCUUUUUCAUCCUUUUGCUCUAUUUGAUGGGCAUUAUUUGCUCGCGUUUGUUUGAGGGACUCAUUCCCGUUGACGAGUAUCUGGACAGCGACCAGCUGAUCAUGUACAACCUGCCAAAUGUGGUACUCUCACUUUAUACCAUCACCACCACUGAGAACUGGACAAGUAUUUUGUAUCUUGCCCAGCAGUGCAGCCGGAACACUUUCACGAAGGUGUGUGUUGCUGUGUAUCUUAUUGGCUGGUUCAUCUUCUCCAACAUGGUUGUUCUCAACAUUUUCAUAGCCAUCAUCACUCAGAAUUUGGGUGUCAACGAGGCCAACAAAAAACGGAUGCAAAUCAAGCAGUUUUACCAAAAACUGGUCCGCGAACUGAACUCAAGCAAACAUGUUGGUCUCUUUGACGACUUGAGAAGCCAGUGGUUCAGAAGCACGAGAAAGCGAGCCAUCAGCACCUCACAGAUGAUAGAGCACAUGAGUCAGAUUCUGGAGAAAAGCAAUAUGAGCCCUGGCGAUUUCUUGGAGAGUGAGAAAGAGAUAAGAAAGGAGCAAGAGCAAGGCCUGUUCUCCAGAUGCCUGAAGCUGCUGCGCAAAUGGAAACCGUACGCUCGUCUGGAGGGCAGAAUUACAGGGUCUCACUUUUUUGUUUGGCUCAGAGACUGGGUGAUUUCUGCCACCACGUCUAAAGUCGAUUUCUCGCUUGGAUUCAACUACAAAGAGCUUGACGUAAACGCUGGCGGGAAAAGCUCGACUAGAGAGGUGUUCCGUCUUUUUGACGAAAGCAACCUAGAUCCAGACAAGGAGCUCAAACAACGCGCGUAUCUCGAGCAGCACGUGGAGUUCAACAGAACAUUGCAUUAUUUCUACCCAAACCAUCCUCUCCGCAGGUUUUGUCAACGGAUAGUGUCUCCGGCGUAUGGAAAAAGACUGGACGGAGUCGACCCACAUCCGAAAGUCCGUGACGCUUUCUACGUCCUGAUGUUCUUCGCUACAGUGUUAAUUGUCGUUAUGGCGUGCUACGUGACGCCCCUGUACAGGAAAGAGAAUCUGUUUUAUGAACAUCCAUGGAAUUGGGCCACCGAAGUGGAUUUAGUCUUCUCCAUCUUGUUCACGCUCGAGUUCCUGAUCAAAGUGAUCGCCGACGGAUUCGCCCGCACGCCAAACGCUUACCUGAGGUCUGCAUGGGACGCUAUUGACUUCGUCGUGCUGAUUUCGUUUUGGAUCACCACAUUUGGGGAAAUGUUCAGAGACUUCAAUCUCGUGGUCAUUGUCGGCGAAGCAAGAGCCCUGAGAGGACUCAGAUUGCUCACCAUCACCAGAAGAUCAAAGGAGUACUUUAACUACGCUGUGAUAUCUGGAGCUCGCAAAAUGCUGGGUGCAGUUCUGAUCGCCAUGACAUUGCUGCUUCCGUUCUCUCUCUGGGGUCUACAGCUAUUCGUCGGAAAGCUGGCCAAGUGCUCGGAUAGCUCUUCGGACUACGACAACUGCAUUUUAGAGUACUCCAACGAAGUCUUCAAAUGGGAAGUUCUCUCUCCAAAGGCCUAUGUGAACCCGUACCUCAACUUUGACGACUUUGGCAACUCUCUCUCAUCUCUGUUCCAAAUCAUAUCCCUGGAAGGUUGGACCGACCUGCUGCUGAACCUGAUGAACAUCACUGUGCGUGGCCAGCCGCCGAAAACAUUUGCCAGUCCGGGAAAUGGAUUCUUCGUCAUCAUUUUCAUCUUCUGCUCCAUCGUCAUCAUUCUCAACCUGUUCGUCUCGGUUAUCAUCAACAAUUACUCGGUGCAGACGGGAACAGCGUUUUUGAACGAUAAACAGCGUGCCUGGUACGAGGUCAAGCGUGUGUUGAGCCACGUUCAUCCUUCCAAACGGAAAGAUGAAUCGUCAAUGAAUAGCUUCCGCAAAGCGUACUACCAUCUGGUGGUGAAUAAGAAUAGAACCUACACGCACAUUGUGAAUGGCUUCUAUUUCUUGCAUGUGCUUGGUUUGCUGGUGGAGUUUUACCCAGCGAAUAGAGCCGAAAACAAUUUUCGCUACGUCAUCACUACUUUCUCGACCACGGGACUCGCGUGCGAUACUGUGCUAACGCUCUACGCGCUGGGCCCUAGAUUAUUUGUCAGGAAUGGCUGGAACAUUUCGCGUCUUAUCAUUGUGGUUGGUGCCUGUGUGAUGUCGGGGAUUGCCUUCUUCGUUUCCAGACAAUCCGUCUACGCCAACGUCAACAAGCUGUUCCUCGUGGGAGUGCUACUCUUGCUCAUUCCAAGAGUGGAAACCUUCAACCAGCUUUUCAGAUACGCGUCUGCCAGUCUUCCAACACUGCUGGCGCUGAUAUACACUUGGCUAGUCCUAUUUUUGGUCUAUGCCAUUGCCCUGAACCAGGUUUUCGGGCUCACCAGACUGGGAGAGAACACGACAGGCAACUUGAAUUGUCGUACAGUUACAAAAUCGCUCAUUAUGCUGUUUAGAAUGAGUUUUGGCGAAGGAUGGAACUACAUCAUGGAAGAUUUCCGGAUAGGUUCACCGAACUGCUUCAGUGCUGCCAGUCGGUACAGCUCUGAUUGCGGAGAAAAUGUCUCUGCCCACAUUUUGUUUUUCUCCUGGAACAUUUUGUCGAUGUACAUUUUCCUCAACAUUCUUAUAUCCGUGGUGAUCAACAGUUUCAGCUAUGUGUACAACUCGUCCGGACCUCACUCGCUGCUAACCAGAGAAGAGAUCCGCAAAUUCAAGAGGUCCUGGAGAGAGUUUGACCCCGAUGGGUCUGGAUUCAUCGACCCGUCUCAACUGCAACCAUUUUUGAGCAGCUUGGACGGAGUGCUGUCUUACAAAGUUUAUCCCGAGAAAUUCUCGAUUCCAAAUAUCACUUCGCAGUGGAUCACAAAGCACAGCAAUGAUCCGUAUCAGCUGGAGUACGACUUUGAGAAAUUGGACGAGAUCAUGGCGACAAUCGAUUUCCGCAAGGUGAAGGAACGAAGACGUCGGUACAAUAGAUUGAUCAUCGAGGCGUAUCUCAAGAUGGUGCAGACGAGCGAUGGUCCAAAGAUUGAAUUCACCAAACUCUUACUCCAGAUAGGAUACUACUCGCGUUUCCAGGACAGCACAUGUCUGACAUUGGAGGAUUUCGUCAAGAGAUACGUUCUGAUCCAAAAGAUCAACAAGGUGGCCCGAAAACUGAAGAUCGAGGCAACCAUUCAAAUGGUGUUGUCCCGGUUGAGACUGCUGAUUGGAAACCUAAACCAAAGCAGCAAUAUACCGCUGCAAAGAAUCAACCGUCGGGUGGCCACAGAGAUUUUUGACCAGGACGAUAUUUAUGGAACCCAUGGAGACGAUUAUGACAAUCCGUUUAACAAUAAUGAGCUAUACAGAAGUGUUUCGGAAACCAGUUUGAAUCCGUUCAACGACCCGUUCAGUGACCCCAUAGAGGAUGAACAAAUUGUGCCGCCGGCCAGCAGGAGAAGCGAGAAUCAGUAUUAUAGCUAG